AUGGUGUCGUUCGACCUUUUUGGGAUGCCGAUUAACCCGCUGAGUGAGCUUAUCAUCGGUAACCUUGACUGGACAGUCCAUGUCUACGUCUCCCGCCUCUGGCAGCAUCGUGGUGGAACAGAUGUUGGUCCCAUCAAGCACACCGAUAUUGUCUUCCACGAUACAGAGGGAACUUGCAUGUAUGGGGAGAUCGCUUCGACCUUAGUUGACCAGUUCAUUGAAAAAAUCAAGGAAGGCAAGAUCUAUGAGCUUAAGAGGUUUCUGGUUACCAAAAUGAAAAACUUCUACAGCCCGGUGGAAGGUGAUGCCAUGAUUAGGUUUGGCAGAUACACAACCGUCACGGAGUUGGACGCCAAUAUCAUGGAUUAUCCACUCUGUGCUUAUGCUUUGACACCGCUUGAUGAGCUUCCAAAUCCAACUGAUAGCCCUGAAUCUUUCAUAGAUGUGGUUGGUAUCAUCACCGGAGUUUCUCCAAUCUCUCAAUUCCACAGUGCAAGCCGUGUUGCACCAUCUAUCAAGAGGGUUAUAUAUUUAAGUGAUCUGAGUGGCUUCGAAACUACCCUGGUCCUUUGGGGAGCCCGAGCGGUUGCUUUUGAUUCUGAAGAGGUGCUUCAGAUUGCUAAGGAGAAACCGGUUGUUGCAAUAUUUGUUGGUACUUUGGUUAAACCUUUCGAAGGUCGUAAGGGGUUAAGCGGUGGAGCUCCAUGCCGUUGGUACAUCAAUGAGGACCUGCCUGAGAUCACUGCGCUCUGUGCACAGUUACAGGAUAAGCUUCCCGUCGUCCGCAGUAUUUCUCUUCCGGGACAAACAGUUGCUGAAAUUAGUGCUCAGGUUGACCUUGAGACGAAGACUGUGAAAGAGCUGGUUAACCUUGAUAUCUGGCAGAACAAGGUACCUGCUUAUGCUGCUAUGUUAAAACCAAAUUCUACUGUACUGCUGUGA